AUGGCUUCUCUCAUUUCCGCAACUCUACUCACCCUUCUGUUCAUCAUCUCAAACGCAAACGCAAACGCCCAUCCGAAACAUGGAUUCACGGUCGAACUAAUCCACCGCGAUUCCCCAAAAUCUCCUCUCUACAAUCCCGCAGAAACGCAUGCACAACGUCUGAGAAACGCAAUCAAGCGUUCCCUUACCAACGUUGCACCACUCCGUUUCAAUCCUCCAUCACCAGACUCAGCACAAGCUGCUGUUACAUCAAACAAAGGUGAGUAUCUCAUGAACAUAUCUCUUGGAACUCCACCGUUCCCAAUACUAGCGAUAGCAGACACUGGAAGCGACUUGAUUUGGACUCAAUGCACGCCUUGCAAAAACUGUUACCACCAGAAGGCUCCCUUGUUUGCUCCUAAAAAAUCUUCAACGUUUAAAAAACUUCCUUGCUCCUCACGCCAAUGCCGUUCUCUAGAAGACUUUUCUUGUCCCUCCAACGACAGUACUUGUUCCUACACCAUUGAAUACGGUGACAAGUCAUACACCAAAGGUGACGUGGCCAUCGAAACAGUGACUCUCGGUGAAUCUAGCCCUGUGUCUUUCGAAAAUGUCAUCAUUGGAUGUGGAACUGAUAACGUGGGAAUAUUCAACGAAUUGGACUCAGGAAUCAUAGGUCUUGGAGGAGGACACGUGUCACUAGUCUCACAACUCGGGUACGGUAAAUUCUCUUACUGUUUGGUACCUUUGACCUCCGAAACCGAUCUAACGAGCACGAUCAACUUUGGAGCGAAGGGUGUGGUGUCAGGAGAUGGAGUUGUGUCAACGCCUCUAGUCAAGAAAGAUCCAGACACGUACUACUACCUAACCCUAGAGGCAAUUAGCGUAGGCACCAAGAAACUUCAGUUCCACGGUUCAAUCUUUGGAACCGAAGAAGGGAACAUGAUUAUCGAUUCCGGUACGACUUUGAUUUUAUUGCCCUCUGGGUUUUACGCUGAGUUGGAGUCUGUUGUUUCUUCUUUAAUCGAAGCAGAGCGAGAGAAAGAUCCCAAGGGAGCUUUGAGUCUAUGUUACAAUGUGAGGUCGAAUAUUAAAGUUCCAGAUAUUACUAUUCAUUUUAAAGGAGCUGAUGUGAAACUCGACAAGGUGAAUACGUUUGUUGCAAUUUCUGAAGAUUUGUAUUGCUUUGCGUUUGCUUCAUAUGAGCCGCUCCCAAUCUAUGGGAACUUGGCGCAGAUGAAUUUCCUUGUGGGAUACGAUACUGUGGCAGGAACUGUGUCUUUUAAGAUGAGUGAUUGUGCUAAGAUGUAA